UGCCCCCUGCUGGAGAUGCUGCCACCUCAGCCCCACUCCCCCCUGCCCCCUCACCCCCUCCUCCAGCGGCCGACCUGCCCCCCCCACCCCGCCCGGCCUCCCCCCCGGCUCCUAAGGCCGACGACCCGGAGGAGGAAGCCGCUGUCCAGCUUCCGGCCCCCUCUGAAGAGCAGCAGCGCCCCCCUGAAACCUCGCCGUCCCUGCAGGACCCGCGGCACCCCCUGUCCUACCGGAAAGCCACCAACUUUGCCCUGGACAAGUUCUUGGAUCCGUCGCGGCCCUACAAGUGCACGGUGUGCAAAGAGUCCUUCACCCAGAAGAACAUCCUGCUGGUCCACUACAACUCUGUCUCCCACCUCCACAAGAUGAAGAAGGCUUCAUCCGACCCCACCGCCCCAUCCCGGGGCGACUCGGGGGCCCCCGGUGCCCCCCAACCCUCCUCCGACAAGCCCUACAAAUGCACCACGUGCCGGGUGUCCUACAACCAGAGCUCUACCCUCGAGAUCCACAUGCGCUCGGUGCUCCACCAGACCCGCUCCCGGGUGGCCAAGGCGGAGGCCGCCAGCAAAGGAGAGGCGCCGGAGGCAGGGGAGGUGGGGGAGGCAGCCCCGGCGCCCCCCACCGAAGCCGAACCCCCCAAGAUCCUGGAGGUGCCGACGGCGCUGCCCUUCCCAGCACCGCUCUUCUCCCCGCCGCUGCUGCCGCCGUUCCCGGUUGUGCCGGAAUCGCUCCUCAAGCUGCAACAGCAGCAGCUCCUCCUGCCCUUCUACUUGCACGACCUCAAGGGGGCGCCCAAGCUCGCUCUGGCAGCGCCGGCCCUGGCCCUGCCGGCCCCGUCCGCCCCACUGAUCCUGGCUCCGCCCAAGGAGCCGCCCCCUCCACCGCCACCCCCGCCGCCUGCCCCAGCCAAACCGGAGACAGAGGAGGACGCUGGUGGAGAGGAAGCCAACGUGGCCUCCCACCCGGCGGCCAAGGCUCUGCUGGAGAACUUCGGCUUUGAGCUGGUGAUCCAGUACAACGAGGGCAAGCAGGGGGUGGGGGGCGCGGCUCCCCCUCCGGUGGCCCUGCUGCCCCGCCCGCCAGCCGAGAAGCUGCGGUGCGGCACGUGCGGGAAGGUCUUCUCCAACAUGCUCAUCCUGAAGACGCACGAGGAACAUGUUCACCGGCGCUUCCUGCCCUUCGAGGCCCUCAGCCGCUAUGCCGCCCAGUUCCGGAAGACCUACGACAGCAUGUACCCGCCGGCCGAGGGCACUGCCCCCACGGAGACACCUCUGGUGCCCCCGGGCAUCACCCCUCUCUGCCCACCCUUCCUGAUGCAGCCAGUGCCGGUGGUGGUGCCCCCGGCACUGCCCGAAGCUGAAGGGCGGUGGGUCCGGGGUGAGGAAGAGGAAGCAGGGACAGACCCAUCCCGGGACAGUCAGUCGAGCCGGCGGUUCUCCCGCACCAAAUUCACCGAGUUCCAAUCGCAGGCUCUCCAGUCCUUCUUUGAAGCCAGCGCCUACCCCAAGGAUGGCGAGGUGGAGCGUCUCUCCGUCCUCCUGGGCUUGGCCAACCGGGUCAUCGUGGUGUGGUUCCAGAAUGCCCGGCAGAAGGCCCGGAAGAAUGGCGCCGAGGCUGGGGGUGCCGGAGGGGGCACCGUCACCAGCCAACCCAGCUGUAAGAAAUGCCAAGCCGCCUUCCGGUGCAUCUUCGACCUGGUGCGGCAUCUCAAGAAAUGCUUUGACGACCGGCCCUCAGCGGAAGGCAAUGAGGAGGAGGAGGAAGAAGGAGAGGAAGAGCCGGAGGAAGAGGAACCAGAGGAAGGGCCCGAGCCACCAGCUGAGGAAGAGGAGGAGGAAGAGGAGGAAGAGGCACCAAGGGGCGAUGGAGACCCCAAGGAAGAUCAGCCAGUGAGUGAUGGAGCCAUGGAGCCCCUGGAGAGCAACGCCCCCACAUUCUCCUCCGAUCCACCAGGAGUCCAUGGCUCAGCACUUCUGGCCCCUCAUGACCUGCUGCCGGAGCUGCCCCACAGCCAGGGGGCGCCCAUGAAGAGGAAGCACGAGGACGGGAGCCAGUCGCCGGGCGGCGGGAGCGGCGGCGAAGGGGAUCCUCCGCGAGACAAGCGUCUCCGCACCACCAUCCUCCCGGAGCAGCUGGACAUCCUCUACCGCUGGUACGUGCAGGACUCGAACCCCACCCGCAAGAUGCUGGACUGUAUCUCGGAGGAGGUGGGGCUCAAGAAACGGGUGGUGCAGGUGUGGUUCCAAAACACCCGCGCCAGGGAACGCAAGGGGCAAUUCCGGUGCAGCGCCAGCACCGGGAUCCCCCCCAUCAAGACCUCCCCAUCCUCUUCCUUGGCCAAGUUGAGUCCUGGUGGCGGGAUGGCCAACGUCUCCGUUGGUGGGACCUCCAAUGUCUCCAGUGGCGGGAUGGCCAACGUCUCUGGUGGCGGGACCUCCAGUGUCUCCAGCGGCGGGAUGGCCAAUAUCUCUGGUGGCGGGACCUCCAGUGUCUCCGGUGGCAGGAUGGCCAACAUCUCUGAUGGCGUCUCUGACGAUGGGACAGCCACUGUCCUCUACAGCAUCAACCAGGCCGAGCCAGAGCCGUCAGAGUUGAACGAAGCACGGAGCCCAUCCGGCGGCGAUCUGAGUGAUUCUUCUUCCUCCUCUUCCUCCUCCUUGGCCGAUCCGGAGUCGCCAAGCGGGCAUGGGCUGGCGUUGGAGGGGGCGGCCGGGCUGGAUCUGCUGGGCCAGCGCCGCUACCGGACCCAGAUGUCCAGCCUGCAGCUGAAGAUCAUGAAGGCGUGUUACGAGGCCUACCGAACACCCACCAUGCAGGAGUGCGAGGUGCUGGGUGAGGAGAUCGGCCUGCCCAAAAGGGUCAUCCAGGUCUGGUUCCAGAAUGCCCGGGCCAAAGAGAAGAAGGCCAAGGCGGCCUUGGGCGAGGGGGGCCCUGGGGCUCCCUCCGAGGGCCCCCCUGAGCCUCGGGCUGAGUGCCCCGUCUGCCAAGUCAAGUACGACUUCUACGUCUCCUGCCGUGGCCACCUGUUCUCCCGUGGCCACCUGGCCCGGCUCAAGGAAGCCGUGCAGGCCCAGCUGCGCAGCGAGGGUCAUGAUGGAGCGCCAGGACCCCCGCUCCUGCCCGUCCCCCCUGGAGCGCCCCCGGCAGCCGGUGCCGCAGGCCCCUCCGCCGCCCCCAGCACCGGACUCCUGGGUUCCACGCCGCCAGGACGUCCCUUACCUCAGAGCCAGCUCGGCUCGGCGCCGGAGCCCGCCGGGGAGACCCAGCCGGAGCCGGGAGCCGCCGGAGUGUCGGUCGCCGGAGCCACCAGAGUGUCCGUCGCCGGAGCCGCCAGACUUCCCAGCACCGUGGCCAACCCCACCUCGCCCACCCUAAAGACCCUGAAGGGUUUGAAGCCGACGGUGCCCGCCCUCCUGGGCACCCAGUUCCUGCCCUUCUCCGUGCCAGCGGGCGCCCCAGCCUCCCUGUUCAGCGCCCCGCUGCCCGGCGGCUACUUCCAGCAGCUGUACGGCAUGAAGAAGGGGCUGUUCCCCAUGAAUCCCGUCAUACCUCAGACCCUCAUCAGCCUGCUGCCCGCCCCCGAGGCCCCCGAGCCGGCCGGGGUCUCCACAGUGGACGUGGCCCACCGCUACUUGUGCCGCCAGUGCAAGGCGGCGUUCGAGGGGGAGGAGGCGGCCGCAGCCCACCAGGCCGGCUUCUGUUACUACGGCCAGCCGGCGCCGGCGCCGCUGCGGGUGCCCGUCUGCACCUACCACUGCCUGGCGUGCGAGGUGCUGGUAAGCGGGCGGGAGGCGCUGGGGGCCCACCUCCGCUCCAGCGCCCACCGCCGCAAGGCCAGCCCCGCCCCCGCCGCCAGCCCCGCCCCUGGCCCCGCCCUGGCCUUUGCCAAAGAGGAAGCAAAGUUACCUCACUCGGACCCCAGCCCAAAAAGCAACUCUACCUCGACCACGCUUCUAGCUUUAUGA